AGCAAAACACUUUAUAUAAAUAAGCACAUCUUUUAUAUAUGUAUAUCACCUCUAAAACUAAAGAACAAAUAAAUCUAAAAAAAAAGUUCACAAUGAAUUGUUUUUCUUGUUUUUUACUUGUUAUUGUAUUGUGUGCAGGAUUGAGUAAUGCAAAGUUCAACGAAAAAAACUCUGUAAUUUUUAAGAAUGCUCUUGGUCCUAAAAAAGUUCUCAGGAUUUCUUGUACAUCAGACAACGACGAAAUAGGCUACAUUUUCUUGAAACGUGGACAAAUCUACCAAUUUAGUUUUCAUGAUAGUGUUUUCAAAACCAAAUUUGAUUGUGAGUUAUCGAAGGGAAGUGGUGGUUUUUAUGAUUACAAUUUUUAUGCAAAAUUUAGGGCAUAUACAGGUGGCGGUCUCAUAGUUCACUACGGUAAAAAGAACUUUUGGGAAGCUAGAGAAGAUGGUAUUUACUUCACACAUGGUAAAGAAAUACCUAAAUUAGAGUAUAAAUGGAUCCCCGGAGAUCCCAUAGAUCCCCCUAUGGAAGCAAAGAGCCCCCUAUGAGAGCAUAAAAUGUUUUAAUCAUCUAUGUUUAACUACGAUCUUAUUUCUUAUGUUCUUGAAUAAAUUUAUUGAAUAAAAUUUUAUAAUCGAUUAAGAUAG